AUGGUAUCCAGUGAGCUGAUAGUUGGUGUGGCAUUCUUCUUUCAAUGUGCCAUUGGUUUUGUAGGAAAUUCAGUGCUGCUCAUGCUCUAUAUUUUCAUCUCCUUCAAAAAGCCACAACAGAAGAAGCCAAUGGAUUUGAUUCUUGCUCAUUUGACUUUGGCCAAUAUGGUAACACUUUUCACCAGAGGCAUCCCAGAAAUCAUGUUUUGUUUUGGGAUGAGAAAUUUUUUAGAUGAUUUAGCAUGUAAGGCCCUCAUGUACAUCUACAGAUUUGCCCGGGGAAUUUCUGUCUGCACAACAAGUCUUCUGAGUAUGUUCCAGGCCCUUAUCAUCAGUCCCAACAACUCUGUGUUGGUAAGCAUCAAAGCCAGAGCCCCCAGAUAUAUUUUACAUUAUUUCCUUUUUUCUUGGGUCACCAAUGCAAUGAUAUACAUCCAUGUCAUUCAAAGCACUGAAGCAAUCAAAAAUGCCUCAGUUCCUAGGUAUCAUUAUGUUUCAAAUAUUUACAUGGUAAGAACAAGCAGCAAAAAUCAAAACGGUGUUCUAUUCAUAUUUGGUAUGACUCUUCAUGACCUUAUCUUUCACUUCCUUAUGGGCUUGUCCAGUAUCUACAUGGUGCUUCUCCUCUAUAGACACACCAAGCAGGUGCAGCACAUGUAUUCCAGUAGUCAAUCCCUUAGAUCCUUCCCUGUGGUCAAGGCCACACAAAGCAUCCUCUUGCUUGUAACCUGUUUUGUUUUAUUCUACUGGAUCAACAACUGUAUUACGCUAUAUGAAUGUUUGAAAUAUGAAAAAGAUGCUAAGUUCGAUACCAUAGCAUGCUUUUUUGGUGGAUGUUUCCCCGCCCUCUCUCCCUUUUUGCUGAUUGGUGGUGAGAGUCGUAUCCCAAAACCUCAUUGUAUACCUGGAAAGGCACGAAAGCCUCGUGAGGAUUUUAUAGAUGGAUUAGUCAAGCCAUGA